UCGGCAUUUUGUUAAAAAUCCGCCCAUAGCCAUGAAAUUCGUUCUCAUUCUUCUGUUUACUGUCACCGGAUAACUAUCCUAACUGAAAAUCGAAGCAUCCUCAUUCUACUUCACAACAAUUCUCAGCAAAUACAUCGAUUUUCCUGAUGGAUUGUAGUUCUUGUAACUACUCUUUUAGUACUAUUUCAUCUUGUUCUGUUAAAUGGAUUGAAUUUCCUUCAAAAUUGGAGUCCCGGAGAAUUUUCUUUCAGAAGAAGUCUGAAUUUGUGAAGCCCUGUGUAGGCCCAGGUCUUAGUUUGCUGGAUUCUUUGCAGCAUAUUAGUAACUUUGACUUCAAAGCCGGAUCCAAAUCUAUGAUUUCAUCCUGGAAAAUUCCUUGUUCAUAUUCAUGUGCUGUAAGAUGUGAUCAUCCCCAAAAUGCCGAUUUUCCUCGGUACUAUUCCAAGAAGGAGAAGAAGCCAUUUCCAGUUCCCAUUGUGGAGUUGAGAAGAGCUGCCAGGGAGAGGAUGAAAAAGAGUCAAGGCCAGCCGAGAAAACCAGUACCACCUCCAAAGAAUGGGUUGACAGUUAAGAGCAUGAUACCAAUAGCCUACAAUGUAUUCAAUGCAAGAAUUACUUUGAUCAACAAUCUCAAGAAGCUCUUAAAGGUGGUACCUGUUCAUGCUUGCGGAUUUUGCAAUGAAAUCCAUGUGGGACCUGUUGGACAUCCAUUCAAGUCAUGCAGAGGGCCAAAUGCCAAUUUCCGGAAGGGGCUUCAUGAAUGGACAAAGGCAAUUCUUGAAGACAUAUUCCUGCCAGUAGAAGCAUACCACCUCUACGAUCGUCUUGGGAAACGUAUCUCUCAUCAGGAACGAUACUCAAUUCCUCGAAUUCCUGCAGUGGUUGAGCUUUGCAUUCAAGCGGGUGUCGAUCUUCCUGAAUAUCCUGCAAAGAGGAGAAGGAAACCAAUCAUCCGCAUCUCAAAAAGUGAAUUCAUUGACGCAGAUGAAAGUGAACUACCAGAUCCUGAACCAGAAGAACCUCUGAAACCUCUACUCACAGAAAUACCAGAUUCUGAUGUUGUUGCCCCAAGUGACAAAGAAGAUAUAGCUUGGCUUGCUGACCAAACGCUUCAAGCAUGGGAGCAGAUGAGGCAAGGAGCCAAAAGACUGAUGAAGAUGUAUCCAGUGAGAGUAUGUGGGUAUUGUCCAGAGGUACAUAUUGGUGGCAGUGGGCACAAAGCACAGAACUGUGGAGCUUUCAAGCACCAACAACGAAACGGACAACAUGGUUGGCAAAGGGCUGUGCUCGACGACCUGAUACCACCGCGAUACGUUUGGCACGUCCCAGACGUAAAUGGCCCUCCAUUGCAGAGGGAGCUUAGGAACUUUUACGGACAGGCGCCUGCUGUAGUUGAAAUAUGCAUCCAAGCCGGCGCUGCUAUCCCAGACAAGUACAAAUCAACCAUGCGAAUGGACGUGGGGAUUCCAUCGGACAUUAAAGAGGCUGAAAUGGUAGUUUGAGGUGUUUCCUUCUUGUUCUAUAUUUAACCACUUAAACAUUGUUCUAUACCUUCAAAAUGAAUAUAUGCUAGGUUUUGGCUUUGGAUGGUA